UUACUCUACUCUCCUCCCCUCCAGCCAAACCACAUGCUCCAUAUCUUAGAAAAGCACAUAAAAAUGAGUAAAUCACAAAAUUUGAUCUCUAUCUCCCCACAUCUUGGCAACUUGAUUCACAUCAGGUUUCUCUCAUCAUCAUCAUUAUCAAACAUUAUAAUAAUUGAAUACAGACAUUUUCAGCAGCGGCGGUGUGAAAGGAAUCAUACGCGUAUGAAUGAAUAUUUAUUACGUGGAUAUGUAUACAGUUAUGGCGGAAAAUGUUGUGGAACGAUUCGAUUCGUCCAAGCCACCAGAGGCGUCUGCGGCGGAACCGGAUUGGUCGAAGCUGCAGCAGGUGCUGCCGCAGAGCCAUUGUAAAACACUCAUAAACCAAUAAGCCAAAAAGCUGUUAAGGGGGAAAGGAGCAUGAAAGCAAAUGACAACUGAAACAAUGAGGGGAUGAAGAAAUAUGAGGGGUAAAUCUUCUUUGUCAAAGCCUAAAAAUGGAGUAGAAACCGAGAAUGAGCCUCAUUUGUCAGGUGCUUACAUUCGAAGCCUUGUUAAACAGUUAUCCUCUUCCUCUUCAAAAACCAAAGAUUCGUCCAGUUCCAGCUUAGAGGGAGAUGGGAAUUCGAGCAAUGAAAGCUUAUUUGGAAGUAGCUGUGAUGGAUUUUCUGAUCAGAAACCAGAAAAAUCCCCUCCGCCGCCUCAACCACAAAAAAAGCAAGUAAGGAGACGGCUGCAUACCAGCAGACCCUACCAAGAGAGGCUGCUAAAUAUGGCUGAAGCGCGGCGAGAAAUCGUCACUGCCCUUAAGUAUCAUAGAGCAGCUAUGAAAAAAGCCACUGAAAGACAGCAGCAGCAGCAGCAGCAGCAGCAGCAGCAAAUGGAAAUAACCUCCCAAACUCAGGUGUUUGAGUCUUCAUCUCAUCAGUUUUUUUUAGAACAAGAAGACAAAUUGAAAUUCAGGAGAAAUCCUAGAAUUUAUGCUUCAAAUUCCUCAAUCCCUGAUAAAUUCCCGAAUAGUUAUCCUGAUAAUUUCUCCCAAUCACCGGGAUUUUCAUCUCCGUAUUCUUGGUCCAUUUCUCCGAUUGCACCACCACCACUACCACCUGUCCAAGAAAAUUUCAACUUCACACUGCCUAGCCAAACACUUGGCCUCAAUCUAAAUCUUCAAGAUUUUAACUACUUGGACCCCACUUUCCUCUGUAGUGCAAAUCAUUCAUCAAUUUACUCAUCCCCAUCACCAUCAACCUCUUCCUCCCCUCUUUCAGCCACCACCGAGGAAAUUCCAUGCAUGGGACCACCUGCUUCGGCAUCAGAGUUUGGAGAUUCCGGGUUGCAUGCUGUGAUGGACGAUAAGGAGAUUGCUGAGAUCAGGUCAAUUGGAGACCAAUACCAGAUGGAGUGGGAUGAUACUUUGAAUUUAGUGAAUUCGGCUUGGUGGCUCAAAUUCCUGAAGGUAAUGGAAAUCACACCUGAGAAUCAGUGUGUUCAGGAUUUUCCAUUUGAUGAAGUCAUGGAGUUCCCAGCCUGGCUCAACGCAAACGACGGCUGCUUGCAGUAUGUGAACUCUGAUAAUUACUUUAAAGAUCCUGCUUUGCCGUGCAUGGAUAUCGGAGAAAUCGAAGGGAUGGAUGGUGACUGGUUAGCCUGAGAAAGAUUGAUUGUUCCUUUUUUCGAAUAAUAAUCAAAUCGCCGCCGGUAGCCUUCCCGUCCUCCUCCUGCCCACCGCUUGGGCACCUGGAGCUUAUAAAAUACUUAUAUUUAUCCAAAUAUUUCGAAUAAGACUUGUCUGCCUGUGUAAUGAACAGGCAAUCCAAUUUUUUGUUGAUUGAAGUUGUAACAUAGUGCUCCAUUUCUUAGAAGUUUGUAAUUGCAAAAUCCCAUUUUCAAGCUUAAUAUAUAGAAGAAAGCCAAAUGUAA